CAAUCAAUCUUUAAUAGAAAAAGAACAGAACACAAAUCAUGGCUAAAUUGUUCCUUGUUUCCUUCCUUGGUUUGCUGAUAGCGGCGUAUGGGGUUGCAGGUAACAUGGUAUAUGACAACUUUAACAUACUCGAAGAGCUUGAAGACUUGGACUUGGAAGAAGAAGAUACAGACUUUUUAGAGUCCCCAUCUUGGACAAGUCAACAUGGUGGUAAGGUUCUUGUGAAUGUGGAUAGCUUUAAUGCAGUUGGAGAUGGAGUUUCCGAUGACACCGAGGCUUUUAGAAAAGCAUGGAACACAGCAUGCUCUACUGAAAAAUCUGUUCUGUUGGUUCCUCCUGGGCGCCGUUAUUUAGUUAAUGCUACAAGGUUUAAGGGGCCAUGUGCAGAUAAGUUGGUUGUUCAGAUUGAUGGAACCAUAGUGGCCCCAGAUGAACCUAAGAAUUGGGACCCGGAUCUUCCUAGACUAUGGCUUGAUUUUUCCAAGCUGCAGGGAGUGUCAUUCCAAGGAAAUGGGGUUAUUGAUGGAUCAGGCAGCAAAUGGUGGGCAGCUUCUUGCAAAAAGAACAAGUCAAAUCCUUGCAGAGGGGCACCGACAGCACUGACUAUAGAUUCGAGCUCAUCUAUUAAUGUGAAAGGCCUUACUAUUCAGAACAGCCAACAGAUGAAUUUCGUCAUUUCUAAGUCCGAAUCUGUUCGAGUAUAUGACGUUAAGGUCUCAUGUCCGGGAGACAGUCCAAACACUGAUGGUAUCCACAUCACUAAAUCGACUAAUGUUGUCCUUCAAGACUGCAAAAUAGGAACAGGUGAUGAUUGCAUAUCGAUUGUCAAUGGUUCAUCUACUAUCAAGAUGAAGAGAAUAUAUUGUGGACCAGGACAUGGAGUCAGCAUUGGAAGCCUUGGGGAGGGUAACUCAACAGGUAUUGUCACAAAGGUGGUCUUGGAUACAGCAUUCCUCAGGGAGACCACAAAUGGUCUCAGGAUCAAAACUUGGCAGGGUGGUUCGGGCUACGUCCGUGGCGUGCGUUUCGAAAACGUGAUAAUGGAAGAUGUUUCUAACCCCAUCAUUAUCGACCAAUUCUACUGUGAUUCCCCAAAAGCCUGCAAAAACCAGACAUCAGCAGUGGAUAUAAGCCAGAUUAUGUACCGAAACAUUAUUGGGACGACGAAGAGCAAGGAAGCAAUCAAAUUUGCCUGCAGCGAUUCUGUUCCCUGUAACAAUAUAGUCCUGAGCAAUGUAAACUUAGAGGGGAAGGAUGGCACAGUCGAGGCCUACUGCAACUCCGCACAAGGAUUCGGCUACGGGAUCGUGCAUCCUUCAGCGGACUGCCUCAGUUCACAUGACAAAGGCACUAGUUCCACUAAUCAGAAAGACGAUGCCGAGCUUGCCGAAUCCACCGUAAAUCGUAUUAUUCACACUGAACUCUAAGCUCCCUAUAGGCAUAUCAAUACCGAUGCCAUAUGAUUACUGUACAAAGGUCAACUACAACAGCAUUGGCCCGGCGAGGUUCGAGUCACGAGUCGAAUUUUUUUUUGGGAAAUUGCGAAUUUCAUUAUUGUUAUAUGCAUAACAUGCAUUGGAAUCGAUUCAUACAAUAUAACAAGGAUAUGUAAAAUGCAGUUAAU